AUGACUGAAUUUGAUUCAGUUGAUCAAAUGAAGCCAGAGUUAUGGACAUCAUCUGCUAAUUCUGUUAUCAAGCUUUCACUAGUCGAUGAUAAUGGUGCUAUUAAAUUUUCACCUCUUUGGACGUAUCCUAUAUUUGGUGAUUCCGAGCAAAUCUUUGGAUACAAAAACCUUAUUGUGAACUUAGCAUUUGACUCUGUUACUUUCAAACCAUUUUUGACGGUCAAGUUUGCCUCCAAAUUGAACAGUGAUGUCGAGAAUGUUCAGCAAAAGCUGCUCGACUUUUUACCACCAAAAGACGUGAUCAUUGAUGAUGAAAUAGUUUGGGUUGAUGCUUUCCACGAGGAGCAGCAGUCAUAUUGUUUGCCUGCAGAAAAAUACAUCAUCGACAGUUAUGAGUGUGGUGGUGAUGAAUUUGCUGUCUACCAGUGUAAACUCUCUGACAAUAGAAUAAGAACAUUGCAUCGGAGAAUGCAAAUCUUUACACUCUUUUUUAUUGAGUCUGCCUCCUAUAUUGACGAGACAGAUGAUAUGUGGACUCUGUUUAUCACAUUUAACAAACGAACAAAGCAAUGUAUUGGGUAUGCAACUACCUAUAAAUAUUGGAGGUAUCCUGGAGCUAAGGAUUUCGAUAACAACACAAUGUACCAAUACACAGCGAAAAUAUCCCAGUUUCUUAUCUAUCCCCCUUACCAGGGAAAGUCACAUGGAUCAUUACUCUAUAACUCUAUCGUCAAUCAAUGGCAACGCGAUCCAGCGAUUGCCGAAAUCAUCGUAGAGGAUCCAAAUGAAAGCUUUGACAUUCUUCGGGACAAAAAUGAUCUCUCAAGACUAUAUCAGGAUGGACUUUUCGACAAGAUUCCUAACCAAGUACCUUUGAGUGACUCAUGGAUACUUAGUGUUAAAAAAAAAUAUAAACUAGAGACGAGACAGCUUAUGAGAUUGAUAGAAAUGAUCAUGAUGCAUAAUCAGCACCCCAACCUUCGCUUACAGAUCAAGAAAAGACUCUAUGAGAAAAAUUUCGACCUUUUGGCGGAUCUUGACAAUUCAACACGAAAUGACAAGUUGCAAACGGCAUUUCUUUCAAUUAGAGAUGAAUAUAAAAACAUUCUGUCCUCCUUACCAUUAGUAAAGCGAGGAUUUGAUGGCUUAAGUGAUAGCAGUAUAGUAAAACGAACUAAACUAGACUAA